AUGACACAGUUUAUGAAGGAGAAUUUCAUGAUUUAUAGUGUCAAAGGCCUUGGAGAUGUCCAGGAAGAUACGACAACUGUUAUCGAUGGAAGUGGUGCAUCGGAGAGCCUAGGAUCAUGCCCGCACCUAAUACCGUCCUGCCCACGUGUUGAAGUCAAUGGCAACGUCAUACAGUACGUCGCGAAAUUGACCACCUUCGCCCCUGAGAUGCUGGCAAAUGUCGUUCCUGAAGAGGCAAGGGGAGGGACAUAUUAUGCUUGUACCAGACCAGCAUGUCUUUCUAACCCGUGUUCGCCUGAUGAAGUUUGCGAGGAAACGAUGACUGGAUUCAGCUGUCAGAUCAACGAAACGGCAUGUAGCACAAAUCCAUGUGAACAGGGCGGUACAUGCACUGUGACGGCAGAUGGAUAUCUCUGUGAUUGUCCAGAUGGAUUUAGCGGCAACGAAUGUCAGAAAGACAGACACCUGAAGAAUAUAAGUCUACUAGGAGGCAGUGAUGCCUCGGAAGGGAGAGUUCGGUUCGCAGUGGACAUCAGCUCGGGUGAAAGUAUAAUAUAUAUGACUAGGUAUUCAUGGACCAUGCAGUUAUCACAUAAAGUGUGCCGACAAUUGGGUUUCACUGGUGCCGCUGCGACGUUAAGAGGGAACAUCUUUCCCGGGUCUUACGCCGAGGUGGAGGACCUUACAGUUGGGGAGAUCCAUUGUCCAUUAACAGAUGACACAAACCUGUCAGAUUGUUGGUUCAGCAAAGUAAGUCGUCGGAACAUCAGUCUAGAGUUUCAUGUAGCCGUGAAGUGUUGCACCCACAGGAAAUGUUCUCCUCCUGGUGUCGCCCUUGGGGUCGAGUCUGGUGAUAUUGUCGUUGACGACAUCACAACGUCAUCAUGUUCAGAUGGGUCCGUAGAGUGCAGUGAAGGCGUGCGUCUUAACUCGAUACUGGCAUGGAAAGCGGCUUCAGACGAUCAAACAAAUGCAUUUAUCCAGGUGCAUCUUUGGAUGUAUCACAUGAUCACUGCUAUAAUCACGCAGGGUGGAGCUAACGGAUCGGUGACUUCGUUCAAGAUUUCAUAUGGUCCUAAGGAAACUGAGCUGACAUUUUAUGAAGAUGCAGUUGACGGCAUUGAAAUGGUGAGUAAAAAAAAAGCGUGA